UGUGUUCUGCUCUUCUUCUUGUCUUCCCGCUGCAGCCAUCCGAAGAGAAAAAAAAAAGGGGAACCCAGCCAUGCCUUAGAGAAACCGGUGAGAUAAGCUUGGUUUUGGCCUUCUUUUCUUGUUCAAGAGCAAGAUUGGAGCCUUGAAAUCCUUCUUCCCCUGCUGGAAAAUCCAGAUCUGCUCUGUUCUUCCUUCCUCACCGCCGGCUGCUCCUGCUUUGUGGGGGCGAAUUUCUCUGAUUUUGGACCCGUGAGUCCCCCUGAAUUUUCUGCACUUGCCGCCGGCCUCUUCCCCAAUCUGCACUCCGGUUUUGCUUGCUGGAUUUAUGGUUUUUGAUCGUUCUGUCAGUUAGUACGUGAAUUGAGUGCUCGGUUUUAUGCAAGUGAGGUAAGUAAAUUUAUGGUAAUGCCUGUACUGUUUUAAAAGUAUGUUUUGAUUUGUUUUUGAAGUGGUGGUGAGACUAAACCCGUUUUGCACGAGUAUGACUGAUUUGAAGUGAAAUGUCUUAUGCUUUUCAUUAAAUUGAGCAUGCCUACUUGAAAUUUAAGUGACUGUCCUGAUGAUCUAAAAGUGAUUGUGAAUUGUGAUUUUCCUGUUAACUUUUCUGCCUGUUUUGUCUCCGAUGUGGUCAUGUUAUUCGUGACCCUGCUAGUGGGGGAGGUUAUAAACGCUAGCAUAUGUCGACAUAUAGUGAUAGAGCUGGUUCGUUCAACCCAGCUAGUGGGGGUUAUACACCAGCAAAUCGUGGCCCUGCUAGUGAGGAUUAUACACUAGCCGUGACCUAUAGAGGAGAUGUCUAUUUCGUUCCUGUACUUUUUUCCUUGUCUACCAUUUCAGGAAGUGAAAUCGAGGACGGAGAAACCACGAGAAGUAACGAGUUAGAAGGCUAGCUAUAUUAUAAUUGGAUAUAAGCUUUAGAAUAAAUCAUGAUAUUGUAUUUGGAGAUUUUAUGAUAUCAGAGAGAAUUUUAUAAUUUGAUCUUCAGAUUUUGGUGGUAUCAGAGUGUGAUAUGAUAAGUUCCGAGUCUUGUGCACUUGUGGGACUCGUCUCACGAGUGUACGGCGUCUGUCGCGCCUUGGAUUUGGGUUUUGGGGCGUGACAAAUAUAUUCUUUCAUUAAAA